AAAAAUAAGACACAAUGGGAAGACUGAAUGGGGGUACAAAUGCGGGUAAACAACACUUCAGCCAUGACCACAUCUUGAAACUAAUUGCCAAUCCAACUGAAACUCUCACUUGCAAUGCUUGUGAGCAACCAAACAAUACUAACAAGCCUUUCUACGGCUGCAACACCUGCCAAUAUUUCCUCCAUGAAAACUGCUUUAAUGCUCCGCGUUUUCUCAAUCACUCGUGUCAUCCUUCCCACCCCUUGACCCUUCACCAUCCGCCUUACGCGGGUGGUUACUAUAUUUGCAAUGCUUGUGGGUCUGAUGGAAAUGGAUUUUGCUAUAACUGUGCUGCUUGUGAUUUUGAUAUUCACUUGCAAUGUGCAUCCUGUCCUAGCUCCAUACUUGUUGAUAAGCACACGCAUCAAUUGGAGCUCCACUUCGGUUCUCCUGACGAAGACAAGGAUAGCAAAUAUGUUUGCGAUAUCUGCUUUGUAACGAUGAGCAAUGACAAUUGGUUGUACUAUUGCGCUGGCUGUGAUUUUGCGUCACACUUGUACUGUGCGAUAACUAGUCCUGAAGUCGGUGUUUUCCCCAAACAGCAACAUCCAAAUCCAAAUCCAAAUCCAAAUUCAAGUCAGAAUUCCAAUGUGAAUGAAGUGGUGGAUAUGAUAAAUUCAGUGAAUGAUGAUCAUGACAGGCUCAUAGCAGCGCAAAUUGCAGCUCAGAUUGACGCACAAUCAAGACGCGCUAUGCUGGACUUAUUCUAGGCCAUCACGAACAUACAGUUACACAUAUAACUCUAUCGUGGUUAUCUAAUGCAUCCGCUUUGGCCUUGUUCAGUUUUUAUUGCAAAAUAAAUACUUUAUUGUCGUUAUCAUGUUAUUUCUCUUUCAAAUUUGUAUCUUUGAUCGAUCCAUGAUCAUCAAGUUUCUCCAUUUUCCUUUUGGUUUCUAUGUUUAUCU